UCAAGACAUGUGAAGAAAAGGAACUCAGACCCAUAGGGAAGAGACUCCAGAACAUGCAGUCCUUCUUUGGAUUGGCAUGAACUGACCAACUCAACAAAGAAGCUUUAGAUCUAAUGAAGCAGCCAAGAUGUGGAGUCCCUGAUGUGGUGGGAUAUAAUUUUUUCUCAAAGAAAAUAAAAUAGCUGAUUCACAGUUUGAUGUACAGGUUUUUCUGGAGGCAGCAUCCACGCGUGGAUGAAGAAAAACCACUGCUCAUCCAUUCAUUUUGGCCAGAUCUUCCCACCCAGAUUGAUGCAGCAUAUGAAGACUCUGAAAAGGGUUUUAGAGUUCUAUUCAGAGAUUCAAAGAAGAAAGGCUAACUAUGGAAGGAUACCACAAAUCUCUUUAAAAUUGCUUUCCAGGAAUUGGGCAAAAUGUAGACUCUGCCUACCAGCAAAAUGAACUAUUUGAGGACAUACUACAAUUUUUAUUCUAACCCUGCUGGCAUACUGAUGAAGAAGACAUCGAGCACUGCAGCAGAAAAACUUAGAGAAAUGCAGUCAUUCUUUGGCUUGGAAGUGACUGGCAAACUGGAUGAUGACACUUUAGAUGUGAUGAAAAAACCACGAUGUGGGGUACCUGAUGUGGGAGAAUAUAACUUUUUCCCCCGAAAUAUCAAGUGGCCUAAGUUUGACUUAACCUACAGGAUCCUGAAUUACACCCCAGACAUGACCCAAGCAGAAGUAGACAAGGCAAUAAGAAAAGCCCUGAAGGUCUGGUCUGAUGUGACACCACUCAACUUUACCAGGCUCCACGAUGGUACUGCUGAUAUCAUGAUCUCCUUCGGAACAAAAGAACAUGGAGACUUCUACCCCUUUGAUGGACCUUCUGGACUUCUGGCUCAUGCCUUUCCUCCUGGGCCCAACUAUGGAGGGGAUGCUCAUUUUGAUGAUGAUGAGAUCUGGACAAAUAGUGCCAAAGGAUAUAACUUGUUUCUUGUUGCUGCCCAUGAAUUUGGCCACUCCUUGGGCCUGGACCAUUCCAAGGAUCCUGGUGCACUUAUGUUUCCCAUCUAUACCUAUACUGGCAAAAGUGGCUUUGUACUUCCUGAUGAUGAUGUACAAGGCAUCCAGACUCUUUAUGGCCCUGGAGAUGAAGACCCUGACCCUAAACAUCCCAAAACCCCAGACAAAUGUGAUCCUGCCUUGUCACUGGAUGCUGUCACCAGCCUUCGAGGAGAAACAAUAAUUUUUAAAGAUAGGUUCUUCUGGCGUCUGCAUCCUCAGAUGAUCGAGCCAGAUCUGUUUUUAACCAAAUCAUUUUGGCCAGAACUUCCAAACAGUAUUGAUGCAGCAUAUGAGAACCCUGCUCAUGACCUAAUAUUCAUCUUUAGAGGCAGAAAGUUUUGGGCCUUGAAUGGCUAUGACAUACAGAAGGAGUACCCCAAGAAAAUCUCUCAGCUGGGGUUCCCAAAAGAGGUGAAGAGGAUAGAUGCUGCAGUUCACAUUGAAGCUACAGGCAAGACCCUGUUCUUCACUGGAGAUCAUCUCUGGAGCUAUGAUGAAACUAACCACACAAUGAACGAAGGCUAUCCCAGACCACUCGAGGAAGAAUUCCCAGGAAUUGGUAACAGAGUAGAUGCUGUCUAUGAAAAAAAUGGUUACAUAUACUUCUUUAAUGGAGUCUUACAGUUUGAGUACAGCAUCUGGAGUCAACGCAUUGUUAGAGUCAUGCCAACCAAUUCCCUCUUGUGGUGUUGAAUGUGGCUAUGUUAUUUUAUAUCAUAGUUCAAUUUUCACCCAUGAAGAAAUGUGACUACAGAUUUUGGGGCCUACCCAGGAGAGAGCCUCCUUCUGUCAGCAAAUUCCCUGUGAACUUUAUUAUUAAAAUUGCACUGUAAACAUGGGGAAGUGGUAAAAUGUUAUGUCAGGCUGGAACUGCAUUGUAGUUAUUUAAAUCAAUGUAAUUCUGUAUCUCUGUGGUCUACCAGAUGUGUUAAGCAUGACAAACAGAAGUCCUGUGGAGAAAGGUUAACCAUGGGGGGCAGGAGGGGGAGGGGAAUGGCUGGAAUGAAUAUACCCUGGUCAACUUCCCAAAGACCAGAAGAAACAAUUUGAUAUUCUACCAAGAACAUUCUCAUUUCUGAGCCUGUCUCCCAAUAGUUACUAGUGGGAAACUUAAGCAAUCACCAAAGGCAAUGAGGGUAGUCUAAUGAUUAGGACAGCAUAAUUGAAAGUCAAGAAUCCUAGCUUCUGUUCCAUUUUAGUCAUGCAAAUGGCCCAGAGGAUGAAUUUCAGUGAGGCAAAUACUAUCAUUUGGAAGAAAAGGGCCAACUAGCUAUCCGGUUUUUGUUUUUUGUUUUUUGGGUUUUUUUGUAAGAUACUUUAGGUCUUUUUAUUUUAUUUUAAAUGUUUUAUUGAUGCUUUUUUAUAUCACAGUUAUUUCCCAAUAAUUCUCCUUACUAAGAGAACCCUCCCUUAUGACAAAGAAAAGCAAUUGCAUCUGGCAUUGUAUGUAGCAUUCCAUACCCAGAGUCCUCCAUUUCUCUACUGAGAGGAGGGAAGCAUGUUUUCUCAUUGGUCUUCCAGAAGCAAGAUGGAUCAUUGUAUCUGAGUUCCCUUGGAUCUCUUUAGAUCUACAAGAUGGAGUGGAGACUUAAUAGUCGUUAUCUGGAUAAUUUAAGCCAAAAAAAAAAAAAGAAAGAAAGAAAUGAUUGCCUUCCAUCAUUUGGGUAUUUUAGGCAAAAGUAGUUGUGGUUUUGCAUAUUUUAAAUAGGUAAUUGCCUUAAUUGUCUACUGCAUCAGGAAUGUGUAGAUACAGUUCUUGUUUAGACUUCUUACUUUGUGAUAAAAGUUGCUUUAUAGAUAGAUUGAAAAUGACAACCAGAGAUAUCCAACGUAACAAUAAAAAUUAUGCCAAUCCAGGAAAGGUUCAUGAAGCUAGAAGAUCUUGUGGUUUAAAAAAUGGAUAAAGAACAAGAAGUAGCAUUACACUUUUCAAAUGCA